ACCUCUUGGCGCCCGUCGAGAAAACACUAUCUGGGGCUGGACAUCCUUUGACUGAAGCUAUCCGGAACCAGACAGGUUGAGUCACACUUGGCACGAUACCUACUGUAGUUUUGGAUGCUCAGAAAGAAGACGAAAAGCUCUUUCAAGAGCAUGUCAGAAUAUUCUUACUUCUCCGUCUGCUUAUUUUCUCUCCCCUUUCACCGAGUACAUACCAGUUGGGAUGGUUUUGGAGAAGCUAUGACAUCAUUACUUUGCUCUCCACGAAAUGCAGGGUUCAAGUAUGCGCUCAGCGGCGCCUAUAGAUUUGGUCCCUUUGACGAUAUUUGGAAUACACUACAAUUCUACAUUGAUACUAUCGACAACUUGUAGCUCUCAAAGCAUUGUCGGUAGUAUGUUUGCAGCCUAUCCUAAAUCAUCAGAUUGUCGGGUUCUAACACCCACUAACCCUAACCCUUCAAUGCCAAGCCAGCCAAGAUCCCGGCGGCCGGCACUCGCUUGCAACGGGCGGGCCGCGUGAGCUCACUUUGGAAGGUCGUCAGUUUGGCGGUUUGCGCCCAGCAUCCAACUUGAACAUUCUCCGUCGCUUGCUACCCGCUUUUAACGACCGAUGGCUGUCUUGUCACAUUGGGAAUCAGCGAUGUGAGGACACCACGUACAUUAAUGUACCACUACUGUUUGCUUUCGACCUCGGCGAGCUAUGAACGAUGAUCCGGGCUCAAGCUCCACGGCCCGCCCCAACACCAACACCACAGACCCAGAUCACUCCCAAGGGUCCACGACAGAGGCCAGCAGUAGGAACGAUGGCCAGUCCAGCGACUCUGAGGUCAAGAAUAAGCAAAGGAUGGGCUUGGCCAAGAAGCUCGAGUUCGUGACACACCUUCAGAGGAGUCUCGACAUGCUGGUCUGGUCGUAUAUGUGCACACUAUACUACAUGGAAUGCUCCCUCUCCCGACUCAUAAUCCGCGGCCUUCCCCACCUCGCCUUCCUCUCCCCAAAAGAAGGCCUCCUCCUGCCUGCUCAGCGUCCACAUCUCUUCGCCAUCUUCCUCCCAGCUUUUUUCUGCAUACUCUUCCAUCUCGUCCUCUCCCUCCCCGUCGCAGGCGAAGCAACGCGAGGAUACCUCCAGGGCGGUGUCCUAAUCGACUUUAUCGGCCAGCAGCCGCCCAAAACCCGACUGAUCUUCCUCUCCAUUGACAUCACAAUAUUCCUCAUACAAUGCCUCAUGCUCACCGUCCACCAAGACCGCGAGCGCCUCAAAAAGGCAGUCUUCCCCUCGCUGAGAACUAUCAUCCCCGGCGACGAGGCGCAACUAGACGUUCCCCCGGAAAUAGCGCAGGACCACGACGCGGAAGAGAGAGGGGUGCUAAGCGACCAGACAUUUAUGGUGGAUAACGAAGGGAUCGAACUGCGGCCACUCAACCAAUCUGGAAGGGAAGGAGAUAAUGACAAUGAUAAUGACGAACGAGAAAGGAUGGGAUCGGGGCCGUAUGCCUCUGUGACGGCAACGGUGGACAUGAUAGAUAUCAUGCGGUCUGGCAACGCGGUGCUGGGGAAUUUCCACGUUGUGAAUGCCGUCAGGACGGUGGGAAGCGGGGUACAGAAUACGGCAGCGUACUCGUUGCGAAGUUUUGGUUAUAACGCUACUCUUGCAGCUUUGGCGGCUGAGAGGAGGAGAAGGCUGGUUAGGUUGCGGCAGCCGGGAACGGCGACAACAUUGCCAACAUAA